AUGGGAGACAUUAAGACGGCUACUUUCAAAGACUUAUGCCCAGAGGAUCGGGCGAAGAUCCAAAAGCUACUUGGCGAGCUGGUCACAGUAAAGAAAGAGAAGGAGCUCCUAGAAGAGUCUGUGCGCGUUCAGUCGAGUAACCAUCGUCGUGAGUUAGCCAAGAUGAAAGCAGAUAACCGCAACUUAAUGGAUAGACUCCGGCAUUACAUGUCUGUAGUGUCCCAAAGUACUGCAGGGGAUGGCUCCCUAUCUUCUUCAACAAAUGGUCGACCAAAGUCCGCAGGCUCAAUAAAGCAGAAUAACGCAGACAGUUUACGAGACAUACUGAGUUCAAAGAAGCCAGAUACUGCGUGUAGAGGUACUCUUACGGAGAUCAGUAUGCAGAGCGGGCGGGUGGCAGAGGUGCAAACAGUGUCCUACCCCUUCUCUAGUUCAGGGCGUGACCUUCCUCCCAUGGGCCCUGGUACUCACUUAAUCUAUCCGUACCCGCUUCAGCCUAUGCUUGUAGGUGCUGACCAGUACAGCCACGAGUUGAUGGCUCUCAAAGCGCAGGUGGCUGCCCUCUCUAGCGCUGUACCUACAGUUAAGUUUACUGGUGUGGAUAGAGAAGAACGCGUAAAAGCCUUCUCCCCCAAAUCGGCCACAAUUAACAAUAUUAAGCUUAGCAGCACGUCUGCACGCGCACUGGGUGCGUUGCCGAGCGUUGAGGACCUCAAUAGAUCUCUUCCGACACUUUCCUUGGCCAACUCAUCACAUCUUAUGACGAGCAUGGAUGCCGAAGGCAGGGCAACACAAGAGAAGAGCGCUUUCUCUACUGAUUCGCUUAAUAUUUCUACAUAUACUCCAUACGUACCAAUCUCAGGUUCCAUUUUGGAUGCCAUUCAAGAGACACUCCCGAAUUUGAAUUAUAUUGGAGGUUAUCAUCAAAAUGUUAGUUCUCAUCCAACAAUGCCAAAAACUGACGAUCAAUACCUGGAGUCACCGCUCCAAGCUGCUGAUAAAGCAACUAGUGUGUUAUCUGAUAUUGCACGGCCAAAUAUCUCUACUUCAUCAUAUCCUAGCAAACCGUAUGACUUCUCCCAGUCACAAAGCGAAAGUCUUGUAGAACGACACCGAGAUCCCAGCAAGGAACUUCUUUCAUUAAUUAACCACACCCAUAAUUUUGUCACACCCCCGUCUCAGUGUUCGACCCUUCCAGAAGACAGUCAUAAUAUGGAUACGCCCCAAGGGCCCGUCUCAGAAGCGUCUGCCUUAACUGGUACAGCAACCCGCCCACUGCGCAAGGUACAUACGCCACAGAGUGUGCACAAAGACAAGGAUGUGUAUGACAUCAUGGAACCUCCUGGAGCGAGCUUUACCACUCCCCAGGUAUACUGCGCCACUGCACAAAGGGGUGUAGAGACGCCAGUGAAGCUAGAAGUCAUUGAGCCUCCGUCAAUGCUAAGGAACACGCCUUCUCCGGUUGUAGAGCAACUAAUUAGCAGAUCACCCACAAGCUCAAGCAUGCAGCCUAUGGUCACGUUACCAGGGUCUGAUCGUGGAUAUCACGAGCCACUUGAUCGUCUUUCUGUCGAAAGUGCACAAACUUUACCAAGAGACAUGAUCAAUCUUCACACAAACAAUCAAGAUCAAUUAUACCCUCAUGAGUACUUGCUAGACUUUACUGAAAGACGCCCAUUUCCAUCAGACUUUGAUCCCUCUCCACCUGCUGCUCCUGUGCAACUCAAAGGAACCCGGCCUAACCAAGAUAUCAUAGUAAAGAGCAUGACCAAAGCUAGUGCAGAAGGUUGGAGAGGCGGGGGGAAUCACUACAUACAUAGUACACAGAUCAGCGACGAUACACAGACAGUGGUGCGAUUUCUCAAUUCCUAA